UGCAAUCUCACGGCCCAGUCUGGUAUCACCUCUCGCAGGGGGUAGACGCGCGCCCCUCUCCAAAUAUUCCGCGGAUUGUUGUAAUAAUAAAUUGUGCCAAGUGAAGUGUUCCUACACAAGUUUUCUUAUAAGGAUUUAUAAUUUGAUGAGGAGGUGUUGGGCAUCACCAUCAUGGCGGGCGGGAGACAGCUGCGCCUCCUGCUCUGGAAGGACUACCUCACCAGGAAACGGAAUCUGCUCACACUAGCGGGGGUGAUAUGGGCAUCAGCUAUAAUGUUCUGUCUGUACAUAGUGCGAAUAAACGUUAACAAUGAAGAUUAUCCUGCAUGUCAGUUCCCAGCCCGCGCCCUCCCCAGCGCUGGAGUGAUGACUUUCCUACAAUCGUUCAUAUGCAGCGUCAACAAUGAGUGUUCGCCAAUGGACAAAUACGAAGAGAUACCCUCCUACGAGAAUUCCACAUUAACUCAGUUGAAACACAAGCUAUCGCCAAUCAUGAAUGAGACGGUGAUGGACGUGGCUUCCUCAGUCCCUGAUGCCCUGAAGCUGCUCUCCACGUUAGCUGAUGUCGCUGACGAGCCCACCUUCCUUGACUUCACGCAAAACGGUUUGAUAGUAGGUGAUUUGUUCAGAAAUCCGAUGAGAGUGAAAAGGUUCCUGGAAUCACAUCUAGAACUUGACGAAGAUGUGGCGCAGAGCGUCUUGGACUCGGGGAUCAGCUUCCAAGGCAUUUUAAAGGGUAAUAUGAAAAGAUGCAACGUGGAAACAGUAUCAAAGACUUUGAUAAUGAACAGUACUGAGGAUAUGGAACAGCUGGUGACGAGAGUCUGCUCGCUCUCCACCGAGGAGUUGCAGAAGAUAUUCAUGGAUCUGAUAAUGGAAAUAAACUUCAGUAAAUAUAUUAAAAUGUUCGGCGGUAUGUACUACAAGUUGUCUGAUGAUAACCGGCUCACACAACUUGGCGACAUGAUAACGAGCGUGAUACGCAUGACGUCACUUCGGAACUUCCUACCGCCCGAGAUAACCAGCAUCUUCUACGGAGAACAGCCAGACUUUAGCUACAUCCAAUUGUCUUUAUUACCGAGGCUAAUGGAAUUAUUUAAGCCAACGUUUUCGGAUACGCAAUCGUAUAAAUCUCUUAACGACUUCUCCGAUACGAUUGUGAAUGUCCUUCAAUAUAUGGAUAAGAUAUUUUCAAAAACAAUUGAUGACACCAAAGGAACUCAAAAGGAUGAAGUGGAAGGUUUAAAAAAAGUCAACAAACUCUUGGACAAUGCUGUCAAUGUUCUAGAAGAAGUCGCUGAUGAUAAUCAUACUGUAGACAAGUUUGAGAUGUUAGCUCGUGUUACCAACUUCAUCCACAAACUGCUGCCCAAUAACUACAAACACGACGUUCUCUUCUAUUCUACGUUGUUAGCAAAACUGAUGGAGGCUGCUAGAAACGUUAUAGCCAUUAAUAUGAAUAUAGAGAAAAUUGCUUACGAAACGUCUGUGAGGAACCCAACUGGUGUCAAGAUUCUGGUGUCGUUACCACCUUACGUGGUGGGGAAGGCGUUUGAGGCACUUGCAGAUGCUGACCGCGUACAGAUCCUGACAUCAAAAAUCAACCAGCCAGGUCAGAUGUUCUGUGACGCUAACAAAAUUGCAAACUUUUUCGUCGUGUCCAAGGAAGAAGCCGAUUCUCUGAAGAAGCAAUUUUGCACCGAUGCAUGGAAGAAUUAUAUUUCAGACCUGAUUAAAUCUUUUGGUGUUUUCGAUGUGCGGUAUAGCAUAAACAACAUGGCGGCGCUAGUUAUCCAGGAAACAUUAGGGCAAGACACGAGCGACCUGCUGUACAGUAUAGACAAGGACUUUAAGAUUCUGAAGAACUUCAGCUACUCUCUGAUACAGAUGGAAGAAGAGAACAGAACGAAUAUCGACUGGAGCAGAUUAUUCAGUGUUUCUAACGACUCUGAAUUCAUGCAAGUGGUUAGACAGAAGGGACACCUUGGGAAGAUCAUUUUGAUAACUGUCCACGGAGCUAUGGCAAAGGAAGUUGUGCAGCAGAACCCCAUCUUGGACUACAAAUUCUCCCCGACCCUGCUGCGUAUGACUACGCUACUGGUAGCUAUGAAUGAGCAGUUAGAAGCGGCUCCUGGUGACGUAGCCAACAGCUUGAAGAAGAAGUAUGGAGACAUCGUCAGGACGAUGUUGAAAACAGCUCUUAAUGAGCAUAAGACGUACAAGUCCUUGUCAACGUACAGCGAAGAUAUCUUUUGCAAAGGUGUGGAAAAUGCUGAACAGUGUAUCGAGUUUCCCAGCGAGAUCGACAGAGAAGCGCUGGUGUCUUCCUUAUGUGAUGCAUCCAAAGCUAUCGAGGAAGGAUUGAAAAACACAUCGAUUAUUGCAAAAGCUAUCAAAACAAUCAGCAAUUCGUCGUACACUGGUCAAGUGAACUGGUCCAAACUAAUUAACAGCUUCAAACUAAUGUAUUUGAAGAUCAACAACGACUAUCCUUAUGUGCUGGAUUUCGCUAACUAUGGGAUGGAUGCGAAGACCAAAGCGGAGGUAGACUCGAUGUGUGCUGACGCGAAGGUGUUAUGGUUUGGAGUGAGGAACUUGGCCAGGAGCUUGCAUUUGAGUGUUAAGCUUGGGCUUCGAUUCUUGGACCUUAUUGACCACGGGACGUUCAACAUAUCUGACAAGGUUUGGUUGAAUAUCAAAUACGUGAUGAGCAUCGCCACCGGACCUCUGAAUGUGCUUCACGAUACUAUAGCUGCUGUAACUGCACUUGUGAUGAAUCAGCCGCAGCCAGCAGGAUUGCCUCCCAUCACCGCGAGUUCCCUUGAUCUCAUCAUCCCUAAUAUAUCACAACUCAUCAUCGAUUCUGUCAAUAUUAUAGCUAGUGAUAACACGGAUAUAGACCCUAUAAUAUCCAUAAUGAACGCGGAGCCGGGUUGGCCAUGUUCCACAAUGAGCGUAUCAGACCUGAUCCUAAUGGCUCCAAGCUCGAAAGAAGCUGUAAAAUCUAUGGAGAGGUUGCUGUGCCUCGACCAGGACUUGCAAGAGGAGUGGGUGGAGUAUCUGGACAAGGAGAAGGCGCGGAUACCAUCACGACAUGAUUACAACACAACCCGGUAUACUCCGCUGGUAUUCUUGAGAUUAUCAUCGACCUUCGACGCGCUGGUGAAUGACACUGGAGCUGUGAGGGACGCGUUCUCCUACGUCCUGAAUGACGGAGCACUAACAGCAGCCUGGGAGUAUGCUGUCAAGGUCCUUAAUACCAGCGAGAAUAAGGUUAUAAUGAGAAAAUUCUUAUCAAAAUUAGAUACAGUAUUGAACUCUGUAAACACCACAACGACCACGGCGGUACCACUCAACAAGCUCUGGGAGGAGUUCACCGCGUGUGCCAACGCCACGUACAUAGACAUAGCUUGCAGGAAGGCAGGCCGAACCGCGUGGAAAUACUCUCUGCAGACCAUAUCCCUUAUGCUGGAUAGCGCUGCCGAAGACCUGUUAACAUACUUCAGGGAGAUCAGAGAUCCGGACUCGAACCUACUACAGAUAUUGGGCUUCACGAAGAACACCGGCCUGUACAUACUGUACGAUAGAGUAGCGGACUUGGCCAACGUGCUCCUCAACUCAUACUGGGACUAUGGGUUCAUGACGCAGGUUCGUCGAGCGACCGGUUCUCAAUUUUGGGAUUGCCACGCCCUGAUAUCUGCCUUGGUCCCACCCCCCGGCAGUCCAAUAACCAAAGAAACCAUAAAGAAGAUACAACCCUUUUUAUGUCCUUCCUUGCUCUACUGGUUGUCUCUGCCUAGAGGAGAUAACAUACUCUUUGACUUAGUUGCAAAACCACAAUAUUACUUUUACACGCACCAUAUUGAAAACACGACAAGCCACUACGAGAAAGCAUUCACAAAAGCAACAGAACUGAGCGAGAUCAUAACCGAUUUAGCAAAAACAAACACAACUUUCAUAAACAAAGAAGAUUUCAAAAUAGACGUGCUUAGAAAGAAACUAGAAAAUUUCGUAGACUCAAUUAUGUAUUAUCGUGUUAAAGAGACUGACCCUAAUUAUAUAGCAUUUUACGAAAUAAACACGAAACAGUACAUAUCUUCCAUUUAUCUGACUCAAGUAGUAGCUAUGGUUAACAAACUAGCUAGCAACAUAGACAACAUAGAUUUUGAAGCGAAGAAAGAUGCAGAUAUUAAAAAAAUAAAAGAAGAUGUAACUGCAAUAAAAAAUAUGUAUAAAAGGCGUACAAUUGAAAUGAUUUCAAUGCUUUAUGACAUUCUUACUGAUGUAUUGUGGAAUAGAAAUUUGGGAAACAAUUAUUCGCUCUUAGAAGCAAUGGAAUCAAUGUGUGAUAAUGUAAAAAACAAUGUAACUAGCAAAACUAUUUUAGGAGACGAAACAAGGACUAAGCUAGUAUUGUGUUCUAAGAAAUACGAAGUUAUUUUUGCGGCAUUACAAAACGUGAUAGAUGAUAAUUUGGAAAAUGCGUCGAGAAGUCUCCGGAACUUAGUAAAUAGUGAAAACAGUGGUAUCGAGAAUAUUACAGAUAUAUUCGAGUUUCUUAAUGAGAGAAAGCAGUUAGUGUCAUCACUCAAGACCAGCAUCAAAUACUCGUAUGAUCUAGGCCUGCCCAUCUACCUCAAAUCAUUGCAGUCGAAUCUCCAAGGCUAUGGCAUCAUCAUUACCUUCCUCUCAGGGGGUAACUGGUGGGAAGAACUGAAGAGACAGUACGAUGGACCCCAAGCAACAAAGUUUUUAGGUUACCUUGAGCAGAGUUUUGAAGUCGUCGAUAACGUGUUUGACAAUAUUGAUAGAAUACAUCUAGUGCGUCUUCUCCAUGACGUCAACGUGAACGAGUCUGACGCGAUAUGCCAGCCAAGCAUCAAACUGUCAGACUACAUUCCGGACAGCACCGGCAUAGUUUCAGAUUUACAGCAUCAGAUAUGCGACAUAGACGUCGUCCAGCUAUUUAAAGAGAUACCCCCGCUACGAUUCGCUGCUCAAGGUUACGAGUCGUCCUUAAAGCUUCCCAACGAUAUCAACUAUACAUCACUAUAUUACGAUAUAGCAGCCACAGAAUUUAGCCUGGAUCAGAUCAAGGAUGGUCCUAAAACCCCGCAACUCCCGCCAUGGGCAACUGAUGAGAAGAUAUCUAGCUUAAGGAGCAAAGCAGUGCAGCUGUUGUCCAAGGAAACACUGACCAAAAUGUCUUUCGGAAUGCUAAGCAACUUCAUCGACGCUGGAACGUUGUUUCUGAAUAACAGUCAGUGCACUCUCUGCUCCCAAUUUACAACGUGGUUCAAGCAGCUGAACCUGCAGCUGAUCAAGAAGGAGGAGUAUGACAACCUGCUGUGCCACAUGCCCGCCAUGAGCCUCGAGGACAUCUACUCCACCCUCAAGAACGACUUCCACUGGGACAUGGCAGUUAGAGAGUUAAUAUCAACCCGCAACUACACGAAGUACGAGCUGAAUAAGUCAAUGAACGAGUUCCUGGAGCUGGUGAAGCAGCAUCUACUUCAGGACCUGACGGCAGACACUAUCAAGGUGGCGGAAUGUCUGACCAGCAACGUCACUAACAACGGAUUCGGAAAUGUUACUCUGUUCCUGUCAAUAGCAACGCAAACAGCUCGUUUACUUCGUGCAGAGCUGCCUCAUCUCCAGGAAGUAGCUGGCAUCACGGACUUACAAUACCUCAAACAACUGUCAAAUGAAGUGGCUCAUAAUUUAGACAUAUUUAAACCUAUCAAAGACUACAUGUUGAAGAAUAAUAAUCUUAGAGAAGAGCUGAUGAAAGAAAUUGACGAUGAAGUUAUAGUAGCGGAUAUUGAAAAGUCAGAAGUUAACCUCAGAAUAAUUAAUAUGGAUGACAGUCCCAUCGAUCAGAAUAUGAGACUAAAAAGGGCCGAGUGGAAAGACGUGUGCGAAGAUCAUAACUGCACCACCAUUGCUGCUAUUAUUAUCAAGAAUUUAAAUAAAACAGUUAUUGAGAAAGAAUUACCAAAACUCCAAAACGACGAAUUCUGGCGUUUCACGUUCGUCUCUGACAUCAUCUUGCACAUCGAGGAGUUGGUGGCGCACGCCACGCGGCUCGUGGGCGUGGCAAGCCACGUGGACGUGGCGGGCGUCAUGGAAGGAAGAUUAGAGGCCAUGAUAGACAUGAUGAUGACCAUACUCAUGGAUGAGACGAUGGAUAGCGUGCUGUAUAGCAUGUAUGGCCUCAUCGAGCAGUUACACCCAUUACUGAGAGGAACAGAGCUCGAGUUUGACUUGAGAGCUUUGUCCGUGGGACUGAAGACUAUUCACCAGUUCAAGACCUAUUUAGUGGAGGAUGUGGAUCUUAAAGUGGACAUGGCCAUCGUAUUCCCGAACCUUGACGCAGUGGAAGCUGGACUCAACGCCCUGGGCAUCAACAACACUAACUUCUGGUCUCUGGCUGCCCCGAGGCUGAAUGCUGGUUACGUACAAUUAAAACCGAUCUUCAACAAGCAGCAGCCCUACCACAUUUCGGCCUUCGUGUGCCAGCCGGAGUACAUGGCCCAGGUGUUCUUCCCGUCAGAUCUGGAUGUAGUCAGCGCUGAAGAAGUCUUCGCGGCGAUGGUGGAACAGUUCUGCGGGCUGGAAGACCAAAGGGCGAAGCAGCUGCUUCCGGUCCUGAUCGGAAACCUGAACUUCACCUUUAUCAUGGAAAAGAUAUCCGACAAGCUUUUAACAAAACUGUAUGCAACAUCAAACCUGACGCAAGAAGAAGGCAGCUUGGUGCUGUCGCGGUUCUCCCAGAUGGCGGCGCUACUGCCCGUAGUACAGGAGAAUAUGGCGGACCUCAGCGACACCCUCGCCAACGAACCCAUCUUCCAGAGCCUGAAGGACUUCUCCACUGUUGGAAAUUUGCUGACUUCAUCUGACUUCAUGUCUAACGCCGGCAAGAUGUUGUGCGGCAAGCCGUUCAACAGCAACGUGCCGCGGCUGUUGCGCAACAUCAUCAGCAACAAGGACAACUCCGCGGGACCUAGUCAGGCGCAGCUUGAUGUAUUGCCGACCGACUUUUGUCGAUCGUUAUACAAAGAGAUCGUGAGCGUGGACGGCGGUAAAAUUGUUUGGAGUUUUGUGAAACCACUCAUCAUGGGCAAGAUCCUGUACACGCCGGUAGACCCCACCGUCACCAGGAUUAUAGAAAAGGCAAACGCGACGUUCGCCAGCAUGAUAAAGAUGACCGGUCUGGUCCACUCGUUCGCCAAGUCGUUCCCGGCCUUGGACAAGUUGUCGAGCCAUCGGGAUGGCGUGUCGGCGCUCAUGAAUCUAGUCACCUCCCCCAACUUCGAGGAGUUGAGGAGCAUGAUCAUUGGGGAUGUCCAGCUCCCUGACAUGGAUAUGGAUGGACUGUUCGAUCAGAUUGGGGAUAUGAAGGGUCUUGGCAACAUCUUGAGCAAGGCGUCUGACCUGCUGCGGUGCAUCAACCUGAACAGAUUCCGAGCAGCUACAGACGAAUACCAGCUAACCCACCAAGCGGCUGAACUCAGCUUAGUCAACGAGUUUUCCGCCGGCAUCGUAUUCAAAAACACGGAGCUUCAGAACGACGGUCAGGUUAACGUGGACUACGUCAUCAGAAUGGACAUCGAGAAUGUUCCCACCACGAAAUGGAAGAAGAGCUAUCUAUGGACACCCGGCCCUGAAGCCAACUUCAUAGAGAAUAUGCGGUACUUCCGCGGGUUCGUACAGAUCCAAGACAUCGUGGACAAGGCGAUUGUCCAGCUGUCACACACCAGGAGUAAACGGGAAACAAGCGAGGAGUUGGAUUGGGCAGUGUAUACCCAGCAGAUACCCUACCCUUGUUAUAGGAAGGACUUCUACCAGACGUCAUUGUACGAAUCCCAGGCUCUGAUAGUGGCUUUCUUCUUCUCCUUACUGUUUACCGUCGCGUCGGCUGUGCGGUUUAUAGUGGCUGAUAAGGAGACUGGCAACACUAUGCUGAUGUCAGUGAUGGGUGUGAACCUGUCCUACCACACGCUGUCGUGGUUCAUAGUGUCAUUUGCGGAGAUGGUGGUGACGGUGGGCUGCAUGACGCUGGUGCUGCACUACGGGCUGGUGGUGCCGCGCACCGACCCCACGCUCGUGUUCGCGCUAUUGUUCGUGUUCGGAAUAUCGGUGCUUAGUUUCUGCUACAUGAUGUCGAAGCUGUUCUCAUCAGCGAGUUUCGCUGCGGUGUGCACGGCGCUGGCGUACCUCACCACCUUCAUGCCGUUCGUGAUGAUCCUCUCGCUGGAGGCCGUCAUGGUCAGCUCACUCAAGUUGCUCGUGUGCCUAUCAAUGUCCUCGUCCCUCUGCUACGCGUUCCUCUACAUCACCCGUUAUGAGGCAACCGGCAGCGGCGCCACGUGGGCCGACCUGUGGAGCUCGCCCAUCGGCAGCGAGGACAUGAGCAUCGGCCUCGCCGCCAUCAUGGUUCUCGUGGACGCCGCCAUCUACUUCAUCAUAGGAUGGCUCAUCGACAGAUAUUUUGGAAUUAAAACUCAAAGCAGCAACGUGACCCAUUGCACCACAACGGACGACAAGGCCGGGGUCAGUAUAAUCAACGUGACCAAAAUAUAUGGCGAGGGAACACGCAGGGCGAAAUUGGCGUUGGACAAUGUCUCGAUGGAACUACAUAAGGGACAGAUAACCACACUUUUGGGACAUAAUGGAGCUGGGAAGACCACGCUCAUCAACAUCUUAACGGGCAUGGUGCGUCCGAGCCGCGGGCACGUGUCGGUGCGGGGCGGCGGCGCGGACGGCGCGGGCGGGGCGGAGGGCCGCGCGCGCCUCGGCGUGUGUCCGCAGCGCGACGUGCUGCACGCGUGUCUCACGCCCCGGGAACACGUGCGCCUCUACGCUAUGCUCAACCACGCGCUGCAGGACCACCAGGUCGAUGAGGAGGUCGACAGGAUGCUGCAAGUGCUUUCGCUGGGCCCGUGGAGCGAGGAGCCGGUGAUGCGACUGUCAGGCGGCACGCGGCGACGACUCUGCGUCGCGCUAGCGUUCAUCGCCAAGCCGCACCUGGUCUCUCUCGACGAGCCCACUUCGGGGGUUGACCCCGCAGCAAGAAGGGACAUCUGGUCGAUGAUAGUGAAGCUGAAGCAGGACAGAACCAUCCUGUUGACGACGCACCACCUCGACGAGGCCGAGUUGCUUAGCGAUCAGAUUGUCAUCAUGCAUAAGGGUCAAAUCCACACAACCGGUUCACCGAUAGAGAUCAAACGCGCCCUCGGAAACGGAUACAAGCUGACUGUAGUAUACCCUGAGAAGAGACAGGACUGGGACGAGACGCUGGAGGAGAAGACCAAGCAACUCCUCGCCGUGGUGAGAGACACCAUCAGGAACGCUAACGUGGUUGACGUCAAUGGCAUGGAAGUGGAAAUAGCGCUGCCGUUCUAUGACGCAAAUGGGAUUAAUAAUAAUUUCCACCAACUGUGCCUGGUACUGGAAGCGAGUCAAGCGGUGCUGGGCUUUAAGAACUUCAGCCUAGACUGUGGCAGCCUGGAGCAGGUGUUCUACGAUAUCUGCCAGCAAGCUGAUUCACCAGAACAGAUCGGACUCCAGUAUGUCGAGGAGUCCCCAUCCAGCACGUCGAAGAGUUCCUCAGGGUCGAGCAUCAGAACCGACGAGCCGUUGGUGCCGGCCGAGGGUCCGCUGCGGGCUUCCCGCUGGGAGCAAUUCAAGGCGCUCAUGCAUUCCCGAUACAUUCAUCACCUUCGGAACAGAUGGUUGCUGUUUAUGCUGCUGGCGUUGCCGACGAUAUUCGUGACGACGGCCAUGGCGUUCUCAAUGUUGCGACCACCAGCGGACAACGAAGUAUCGCUUGUGCUGGAUGAGCAGCUGUAUGCUGGAUCCACUGAGUUCUUGGUUCCACACCCAUCUGUAUACCCUGGCUCGAAGCACGUGGAUCCGAUGUUCGCCCAACGCGUGAUGGACGCCGCUGAGAACGGGAAGCAAGUCCGGAAUUGGACCGAAAUGGAUUCCCCGUCGUGCGUGUGCGAGAUCACGCGUCAAGUGUGUGACAUACAGACAAACGGAUCGAACCUACCUGAGAUGAUGUCGCUCCCGGACGUGAACACUUUGAACAGCUGGCUGCUGGACUCGCAGGAAGUCUACAUAGAAAGAAGAUACGGUGGUGUGACGUCAGCAAUUAAGAACAACCUUACCAACAUAAUAACAUGGUACAACAACAAGGGUCAUCACGCGCUGCCUGUGUACCUCAACAUGGCGAAUAACGCACUCCUGCGCACCGUCGCACGCGAUCCUCGCGCUAACAUUACCGUCUCCACUCACCCCUUGAAGAUCUCUAAAGAACCUAUUAGCAAGGAUACAGUAUACCAGCACAUAGCUGACGCGGGUAUAUCGAGCCUGGUGCUGAUCGGGUACAGCCUGAUCAGUGCCGGGGCCGCCAUCUACCUGGUGCAUGCGCGCCGGACUCAACAGAAGCGACUGCAACUGCUGUGCGGAGUCUCACCGGCCUUGUAUUGGGGCACGGCGCUAGUGUGGGACAUGCUCAUAAUCUGCAUCAACAUGGUGGUGACGGCGCUGGUGAUGCUCGCGUUUGGGUUCCCGGUGUUUGUGGCGCGAAACAACUUACCAGCCAUCUGCCUGCUCUUCAUACUUUACGGAUACGGAUGCGCCAACCUGAUCCACGUGGCGGAGAAGAUGUUCAGCGAGCCGAGCAUGGCCAACAUGAUGCUGUUCUGCGGGAACACGCUGUGCGGGCUCGCCGGCAUCACUAUACUGCUCAUACUCGACAUCAUCUCGGAGUCUGAUAGGACCGACGACGCUCGCUGGUACCUCCACAAGCUGUUCAUGUUGUCGCCGCAGUUCGUGCUGGGUGAUGGCAUGCUUGAGAUCGCCAAGAACACCAUACAGGCACAGGUACUGCAACAUUUCGGCAUGGAUACAUACCGUGAUCCAUUCACUACGGAUCUGAUCGUCUACCACUACGCGUACCUGGUGGUGGUGGGGACGGCGCUGCUCCUCCUCAACCUGGCCAUCGAAUGCGGAUUCUUCGAAGGCAUGUUGCUCAGAUUCCAUCGGGACAGUGAACCGGAGUUGCCCAGCGAGCUGGAGCCAGUGGAGGUGGCGGAAGAGAGGAAGAGAGUGCGGGCAUCACGAGCACAUCCACUCAUGCCGAUACGGAUCAACACCAUCGGCAAUAUCAACAGAGGGUUCGUGCAGUCUGCGUGCGACAAGAAGUCGGUGUCGGCGUGGUACAGCGGCGGCGACGUGGCGCAGCUCAGCGCCGUGCGCGUGCGCUACCGGGCGGCGCGCGGCGCGCGGGACGCGCUCGCGGGGCUCACGCUCGGCCUGCGCGCCGGACAGUGCACAGCGCUACUGGGUCAAAACGGCGCUGGUAAAUCGACGACGUUCGGCUUGCUGACCGGCGAGGUGCUGGCUUCUUCCGGAGACUUGUAUCUGAAUGACAAGAAGGUCGACUCCAGAAAGCUCUGCCAAGGACUUAUAAGUUACUGUCCACAGAGCGAUGCUAUCGACCACCUGCUGACCGUGACGGAGACUCUGGAGUUCUAUUGCAGACUCAGGGGCAUAAAAAAUCAGGAAGAGGUAAUAAGGCGUACGAUCGCGUUGUUCGAGCUGGGUAAGUACGCGGGAGUGCGCGCGGGCACGCUGUCGGGCGGCAACAAGCGCAAGCUAUGCACCGCCGUCGCGUUCAUGGCGCGGACGCCGCUCGUGCUGCUGGACGAGCCCACCAGUGGCAUGGACCCGGCGUCGCGCGCAUGCGUGUCCCGCGCGGUGCGUGCGUGCUCGCUGGGGUCGGGCGGCGCGCGCGCGGUGCUGCUGUCCACGCAUGCGCUGGACGACGCGCGCCGCCUCGCCGCCACCGUGGCGCUGCUCCGGGCGGGCCGCCUCGUCGCACUCGCGCCGCUCGACGACUGCCUCACUAGGUUCGGCGGCGGGUACGUGGUGCAGUGCGUGGCGGCGGCGCCGCGCGCGGUGUGGCGCCGCCUGCGCGCGCGCGCGCCGCACGCGAGCCUGCGCGUGCUGCACGCGCGCGCGCUGCACUUCCUGCUGCCCACCACCGCCACAGUGGACAAGAAGGAAGUGACGACUCGGCUGAGUGAUAUCUUCCGAUUGAUGUCAGAGAUGCAGGCGUCAUGCGACAUAGAGGACUACACCGUCAACCAGAGCUCUCUAGAACAGAUGUUCCUAAGCUUCACAGACAAGGCGGAGGUAGAGGUGGAUCCGGUGGACAUCGAGCCCCUUCCCUCUCCCGAGAUGGUGCGAAGCGACCCUGAGGAACUCGACAGCAUCACCUCACUAUGACAAUAGACAUGCUCAUUAGGUUACGUGACCAAUAACGGCAAGGAGCAAAUUUGUGUACAUCAUUUGUCGAGAGAUUGAUAUAUAAUCUGAAAGUUUUAAUCUGGUGAGUUCAAGCCAUGAUUUUGGUGUGAUUUCGUAGUAUGUUUAAAAUUUGGUCUAGUAUUAGGCAAUAUUUAGUGAAACGUUUAUUUAAUGUAAGGGAUUGAACUGAUGCAAGGUCAAACAUAUUAUACCUACGUUUAUAAGAUGCAUCGUAUGCGGAGUGAUUCAUCUUAUUCUUGCAUAAAUUGUUAGUCUUUUCACAUCUUACGUCAAGAUUUAACAACUUAAAUAGUCUAAAUUUUAAAAUAAGACCCCUUUCUAUCUCUGAAAAUAUGUUUUAAUCCAUAUUAAUAAAGAGGACGUUUUCUAUUUUCCUGAUACAUCUUGAUUACCUUAAAACUUUUUUUUCUCUAAAUCCUGGAUUUAUUAAACGUUUCCUAUCUAUCUUAAUCACACGUUAUUUGAUAUUUUCACGAUAAUAUAAAUCUCUGCACGCGGUUAGUAGUCGAUAUUUAUAAAAGAAAGCUCUGAAUUUCGCUGCGCAAGAGUUACAAGGAACGUUACCUUCUCCGUCUGUCUACCUCUCAUAAGAAACGUAAUAGGAAUUGCAUGUUAUUGUGUGCUAGUUUGAGUACGUUAUUUAAACCUAAAUAUAACAUGUUUAUAACUAUUUUUGCCUAUUAUCAUCAUUAUCACCCGCCCAAUGUCCACUGAACAUGGACCUCCACCAAAAAUAUUCUUGACUAUAGUGUAUAAAAAAUAAAUAUUUAUUUAAUUCGUUUCGGUUUCUAUUUCCGGUUCGGGUAUUAUACUAAUGAGAUUUUUUACCGGUAUUAGAUUCUGAAAUUGACGUCAGCCAAGUAGUUGGUCAAAAUUUAACAAAUAAAUUAUCCGAUGUCGUCCCGCAUGCGCCUAUACCAUUUUGAAAAGAGACAAAGAAAAAUACACGUACCUUAUUUGUGUUAAAAUAUUCCGAUAUUAACAAACGUUGUUCCUACUCUGAUCAAGGACGUCGCUACCAGGGAAGAAGCUAAAAUGACGAAUCAAGUGGUUCUUUCUUACUUGUCAAUGUUCUAAGCUUUCUAUAUAAAAGCUUUAACAUUGACUAAAUUAUUUUUUACAGCCUAUUUACAAUAUAUAAAACAACUUUAUAACCAGCUGUUCCUUUUAGCCUUUUGGCGACGCUCUUGACUCAAAUAUUACUAAUGUAACUAUAGGAGAGUGGGUUGGGGUAACAUCGGAUAACGGGGUAACACCUUUGAUUCAAUAUAACUAAACCUUAUGCGGAACCCAAAAAAAUCUAAUUUAGUAGCCGCAGAUUCAAACAUUACAAAUUGGUAUGUGUUUUGUCUGCGAGGAAACGUUGUCGAAUGUAGUAACUUUGAAUAUACUGUCCUACCCCGUGAACCUUACCCCAACACACAAUAGAAAAGUACUAUUUUUACCAAUACCAUUAAAAAUAAGGAUUAUCAAAUGAAAUGCAUUAUUUUGUGAUAUUUAACUUGUAGCCAAGUACUUACAUGAUUUUUAUUCAUCAUAUAAAUAUCAAUUUUCAGACAUUGUAAGCCAAAGUUGUACUCGAUAUUUUUGUAUGAAUUCAAUAAGACAAUGAUUUUAGGUCAAUGUAUCCUGCAUUAUAUUUUUUACACUGUCUGAAAAAUAUAAAUAAAUUAAUUUAGGCUUUAAGUAUUUGACAAUGCAUAUUGAAAUGUUAUAAUGGGAAUACAAUUCCCUUUUAAGGAAAAUGCAUCCCAUAAUGUGAUGUUGAAGAUUAGUUUAAAUAUGGACAGAUUUAUGAACAAAUUUUAUAUGUAUUGUGCAGUGUGACUGAAGUGAUGUUGCGAUGGACCUGGUUUUAUAAUGUAUAGAAAAAUUUAAAUGCAUGUCACAUUUUAUUUAAGACAAGUUAAAAAUAUAUGUGUUACAACGUUUAUACCAGUUUACGCGAAUCUUUAACUAUGUAUUUUUUUAUUAAUAUUUGUAGUAUUAGAAAAUUUUACAUUUUAUAAAUAAGUUAAACACAAUUUUGUAAAAUGUAAAACAGUUAUUUCUCCUCGGCCACCGCGAUUUUAAUUUGCAGAACUCUACAUUUUUUUUGAAAGUUUAAAUUAUUAUAUAAUAGGACCGAUGGAAAUCGGUGUACUGUGGUAAUGUUUGACCAUCUGAACACAAUUUGUUACAAUGUUGGUUAGAAUUUAUGUAUAAUCUUGUAAGAAAUACGCAAACUCUGUGAUAUUUAAUAUUUUUAUGUAUGUAGACUAUAUAAAUGGAAGGUUUACGGAA